UUGGCUGUUUUAGAAGGAAGGUCAUCCCCUGAAAUAUUCGCAUCAUUUUUUGCUAUAUUUUUACAUUAAUAAAACAAUCAAUAAUUUAAACAGAUAAACAAAGGAACAGGAAGAAAAAAUCACCCAAUUUUCCCGGUUUCUUCUACAAGGGAGUAUUGCCGUGCCGUGUGUGGAUCCAGAUGCGUGGCAGGUAAUAUUCUGGUAAAAUAAUCCAAACCCAUCUCCCUCCUCCUAUUUCUAAGGAUACCCUUUUUACGUUUGACCUCUUCUCUUUGAUUUUUUCCCAUCGGAGGAACCCCGGAAGUUUGUGCUUUUUGAGGAUCCAAUUCUGUAUUCUUUGAAAAAGUCAGGUCAGGAAUUAGGUUGGGCUGUUUAAUUUUGAGAUUCUUAAAAUGAGCUUGUUGGCAAAAUGGAUGUAAACAAUGUAUUUGUCACUAUAAAUGAGCUAAUGAGGAAAAGUUGGUUUUUUGUUUUUCUUGGUACAUAGAGUCUAGGGGUUGAACCUUGGACUUAUGGUUAAUAGCACAAGUAACUUACCAUCAGACACAUAGUUGAUGGUGGAAAAGAUGGUUAGUAGAGAGGUUAUAUAUUAGAUAACAGGAUGGCCCAAUCUUUGGUUUUAAUUGUCAUCAUUCCCAAAAAAAUGCCUUCUAAUUCCAUUUACAUUUUAAUGGACAGUCUCUUCCUCCAUGACCAUUGAACAGCUGAUUUGUGCUUGGAUUUUACAUAUCUUAAUAUCUAAUUGAAUUAAAGUCCAUUCUCUUUGCCCAUCAAGAAAAUAGAAAAGAGAAUGAAAUAGUAACGACAUGUCAAAAUCCAAAUGGUCUUCUUUGUACUUUUACCAAAGCAUUCAACAAAGCCUUGGUGGAAAGUGAUCUGUGUAUUCAAUAUGUUUUGAAUUUGCAAUUUGUUCCCAUGUGGUAGAUGCAAUAUAUUAAACAAAAUGGCAUUUCUCUUUUCUGGAGAAGAAAGUAACACAGCACAUUUAUUUCUCUUGAUUAGAAUGAUAUUAUGCAAUUUCCUUUAAAUAGAAGAAAAAGAAAUUGCUUUUGUUGUUUUUGGUUCCACUUUAAUUGAAUUUAUAGGAUGACAGAAAAUGGAGAUGUGGAGAUACUGAGACUGAUAAGCCUAAAAGUUUUGAGGUGUUAAAAGUUUUUAUAUACAGCCAGGCUUCUUUUAAGCUAUGAGUUCAGAUUUAAAGAAAUCCUCUUCCAAUGGCUUUGAAAAGCCUUCAAUCUCUGAAGAGCACCAGGGAAAGAUUGAUGAGGUGAAGAAGUUGAUAGGACCACUGCCUGAGAAGUUGGCGAUUUUUUGUAAUGAUGCAUGCGUUGCAAGAUAUUUAAGGGCACGCAACUGGAAUGUCAAGAAGGCAACAAAAAUGCUGAAAGCAUCCUUAAAAUGGCGAGCAGAAUAUAAACCAGAAGAGAUCCGCUGGGACGAGGUUGCUCAUGAAGCAGAGACAGGAAAGAUCUAUAGAUCAAAUUAUCUUGACAAGCAUGGGAGAGCAGUUCUUGUCUUGAGACCUGGUUGUCAGAACUCAAAAUCAACAAAAGGACAAAUUCGAUACUUGGUUUAUUGCAUGGAGAAUGCAAUUUUGAAUCUGCCACCAGAUCAAGAACAGAUUGUCUGGUUAAUUGAUUACAAUGGUUAUAGUCUGUCAAAUAUAUCAGUGAAGGUGACACAGGAAACAGCACACAUUUUACAAGACCAGUAUCCAGAACGUCUAGGUUUGGCAAUACUUUACGACCCACCCAAGUUCUUUGAACCCUUUUGGACGGUGGUCAAACCAUUUCUAGAGCCCAAGACUCGUGACAAAGUGAAAUUUGUUUACUCUGACGAUCCUAACACCAAGAAAACUAUGGAGGAUCUGUUUGACAAGGAUCUUUUAGAGUCUGCUUUUGGUGGAAAUGAUGAUUCAGGUUUCAACAUUGCUAAAUAUGCAGAAAGGAUGAGGGAAGAUGACAAAAAGAUGAUCUCAUUUUCGACAAGAGGAAACUCUCAAUCUACUGCUGCACAACCCACAGAAGCAUGUGUUCCUGCCUUGGAUUCUCUCAACUUAAACUCUGACUCUGAUGCUUCUGACAAUGAGAAGGCAGAGAGUUCACCAAGUGAAGAGAUCAACUCAGAAGUUGUUUCUUCUGAUAAAAAUAUUAUGGUUGCUGAUCAGAGUGAUAAUGGUAAGGUAACACAUUAGGAUAAAGGAACAGCAAAGCUCAACCUUGUUAUAGUUGAGAUCUGGUGAAUGCAGCCGCCUUGCAGACCAUUUGGCCCAUUUAGUGGUGAUUCAAAUCAAGUAGAAUUGCUGUGAAGUUGUAUAAUAAGCAAUCUGGAUGCUCAACUCAACAAUGGACUCUUCGUUGGGAAAUAGACUCAGUCUACCUUUCUUUUUUUAUUUUCUUUCUUUUCUGGAACUGAAUGCGGUUCUGGAUGGCCUCACAACCAUCCAACAUUCUCGCUAAGCUAUGGUCCGUUUUAGCUAUUAAAAUCUCCCUCUUUGA